AUGGGCAAGGUUAUCUUCUACGAGGAAAAGAACUUCCAGGGUCGUCACUAUGAGUGCAGUAGUGACUGUUCCGAGAUGCAAAACCACUUCACCCGCUGUAACUCGAUAAAAGUGGACAGCGGUUGUUGGGUGGCCUACGAGAAGCCCAACUAUGGCGGCUACCAGUACAUGCUGAACAAGGGCGAGUACCCCGACUACCAACGCUGGGCCGGCUUCAAUGACUGCAUCCGCUCCUGCCGCAUGGUGCCAACUUAUAACGGCAACUACAAGAUGAAGAUCUUCGAGCGUUCCGACUUUGGAGGACAGAAUAUGGAGCUGAGCGAUGACUGCCCCGAUCUGAACGAGCGUUUCCACACCCGUGACAUCUCCUCCGUCAACGUCAUGGAGGGCUACUGGAUUCUGCAUGAACACCCCCACUACAGGGGACGCCAGUUCUUCCUGCGCCCUGGAGAGUACAGGAGGCACAGCGAGUGGGGAAGCAACAGCCCAACCAUCGGCUCUCUGAGACGUAUCACUGAGCUCAACUGAUUCCCAGCUUUUUUCACCCUUACUGUGCCCCACUGUUACCAUCCCACCCUCUUGUUCCCCUAAUGCCAGCACUGUUUCAGUGUGGUCUCAACACUGUGCUGUCCAAACCUGAAGUCAUACAUUUUUAUGAUGGAGGGAUUUGGUGCGUCUGAUGUUGGGUUCUGGUUUUUCUCGGGCUGCGCUGCAUUGUCGGGUGAAGUUCCUUCCCUAUUCAGUGCUCAAGCAACGCUCAAUAAAUAGUAAUGAUCUUUUUUGCUUUGGUCGUCCCAGAGCAAAAUGGUUUGCCUCACCAGUCCCCAACCUCCUGUCCUACUGGAAUCACAAUAAAAGAAAACUUGAUGAAAGUCAACUAACGGGA